GUAAGCAAUGAAGUGUGGUAGACAUUCUGUAAGGAUGUUGAAAUUUCAGCAACUAGCAUUGGUUUAAUACAUGCACAUAUUGGGAAUUCAAGUGGAAAUGUUUCAUUUGCUGAAGAGAGGCAUUAGGACAUGCAUCCUUCUACAGCUACAGUGGAUGUGGUUCUACCUAUGCAUGAUCAAUGAGUUGUUUCCCAGCCAAGCGUUUCCGAUAACUACAGAACAACCAGAUUUAUAUUGGUGGCCAGACAUCGAAUUUACCGACACAAACAUCUCAGGUAACAUUCAUGUACGUGUAAAACGAUCCAACGACUCGGCACCUCCUCCCAAACAAUAUGCGAAUGCAAUAGAGGAAUUUUACGCAGAUCCCAAUAACAGGGCCAUGUACCUAGUUCUACCACUGAUCGUUCUUAUUUAUGGGGGGUGCAGUUCUAUCUAUUGUAUUCACAAAUGUUGCCGCUACGUCAAACGAAAGAAAUUAGAAAAGGAAAUGCAAUCAAGGGAACGGUUAACUUCUGAAACUGAAAGUUGUUCUGGAAUAGAAGAUACAGAAGAAAAAUUGCAUUUUGAACCAGAGAGAGAAUCAUCACCUGUAUAUAAAGAAAAUAUACAUAUAACAGAAAAGAAAAACUCUCCACCUCCUGCUUACGAACAAACAAGACAAAAGGUCGAAGCUAUGCCACUUGAAGAUGUUGAAGAAUCUAACGACGCACAUCUCAAUAAGAUAGAAAACAUUCAACAUAAAGAGACUAGUUUUAUUGAGAGAAAGGAUAACGGACAAGUGGUUGAAAAGAUCAAGACUCCCGAAGUGAGCAAAAAUACUCCUCGCCGAAAUAUCGACUCACGAUCUUCUAGUAUGAUGUCAUCUAUCAGGCCAAAGCCAUCGCCACCGCCAGCUUAUGAAAAAAGGACCUCACCCGAUGGAAAGUCAUCAAAGGGCAAGGAGCUGUUUGAAUUAACACCAAGAGACAUUGAAGACAUUUUGAAUUACUACAGCGACAAGAAACACAUGCCUGAUGUGAUCCCAGAUGAUACAGAAAAUGUUGUUCCAUUGAGAAAGAAAGUAACGAAAUGGAAGCACAGAGUUUUUAAUGGGUAAAAAUAGCAUCAGAUGAAUACUUAACCCCAGAGAGAAGCAGGAAGCAUUGUAAUCUGGAAUUUGUCAUUUUGACCGCAUUAUGAAAACUAUGCAUUAUGAAAACUAUGUCUUUUCACUGUACUGAAAUUUAAGACACCACCCAUUUGCUUUUUAGCGAUCAGACAAUGGAUCAGAUGUUCCAUAACUAUCACGUCAAUCGAACAAUUUAACCAACGGUAUAUGAUUUUUAAAGAUUUCUUUGUAGUGGUGUUCUACAGAAAAUUUAUAUUCAUCAACCUGCAAAUAUAUCAAUUAAAGACAUACCAAGUAUUGUUAUAAACAGUUGAUCACUAUCCGUUAUCAUGUCAAUCUGUUUCUGAUUUGGUAUCUUUUAGCACUUUUUUAAUCAUGUGAAUAGUUUGCAUUAUGCAAAAGUGUUACAUUUAUAUUUUGAUAAUGUAUUUAGAAUU